AUGGAUCUAUUCCUGUUUGAAGCUUUCGGUAAUGAUGCUUCUCUCCAGCCGUCCUCUCUUCGAAGCGACAUUCGGACGCCUCCUCUAGCCCACCAGCAAUUGAACUCGUCGUCAAUUACCAGCGCAAUUGAUGACACAAGCGAUCAGCACCCUAAGUGCACAGGAAUAAAUUUAGCUCCCAAGGACAGCGACGAGUUCAGGUUCUCUGACUCUGCUCUUGUCACCUACCUCAAUCUCGAUUUCGAUUUGACAUUUAGGGAGCCUGUUUCCACAUACGUAGACAUGGAGCCCACGUGUGAUGAAGAGUCUGCAGACUUGAGGAAUAGCAAAUAUAGAAGUAAGGAGGGCAUUUUGAGCGUUACGAUAAUCCCAGGGAAGCCGGCACCGGGAGAUCGGGAGAGCGAUAUGAAAGUGGAGUUGGUCAUCAAGGCGAGUAUGGGUGUUAAGAGUAUCAUGGUGAACGUUGUUGUUAUAUCGUCGGAUUGGGACAUUGGCUAUUUGUGA